AUGGCUCACCUUCAUCUUCUAGGUCAAGGUACAAGAAUCAUUCGAGAGCAUCAAUCGAGAUCGACGAUUAAUGAUCUAGAAACCCACUGCGGGGAUACUUUGACAAUAGUGCCUCCUAAACCAGGUGAAAAAAAGUUAAUUAUGCUUGAAAAUGAGGAAAAAAUCUUUGAAAGGCAAGAAACUGUGGAGCUUAAGAAGUUGAAGCCAAGGAACAUCUCCAUUGUGUUGCAGCCUUGCCACAAAGACAGAGAGAAAACAUCGACACGUGGUUCUAAACAUCUCUUUGAUUGUGGAGAAGGAAAGCAUGAUAAUGAUGCUGACUGGCAUGUCCUGCUUUGGAGAAAAGAUGAGACUAUGUACAUUUGUCAUGGAGCUCUUGUUCAUAAGCAAUGGGUUUUGACUGUAGCACAUUGUCUUGUCUCCUACGAUGGAAGCUACUUUAAACCUGGACAAUUGCUUGUUCGAUUCCGAAAGGCCCGUACAAAGGUGGCUGUCGAUAAAGUUGUGGUGCAUGAACAUUUCGUGUAUAAAACCUUCAGGAAUGACAUUGCUUUACUGCGAUUGGCUAAGCCAGUGGAAAAUAAGCAAACUGUGUGCUUGCCAACAACUAGUAUGCUUAGCAAUUUACAGGGGUUGAGUUACCGUUGGAUAGAAGGCGAUAUUUUUGACGAAAAUCUCUCUGGCGAGUUAAAGGAGCAUAUCUUCAACCACAGGCGUUCUAAAAACUGUGAUGCACAAGUGAAAAAGGAGGCGAUAUCAUACCAUUAUGGUGAUAAAAAUGUUUGUUCAGUGAACCCUUGCAAGGGUGAUAUCUGGGAGCAGUUGUCAGAUGGAUCCCCCGUGAUCAAGAAGCAGAGCAGUACUCAUACUCUUUUGGCAGUAAAGACUUGGGGGUCAUCCGCGCUCUCAUGUUACGUUGGAGGUGGCGUUGAUGUUCACAUCGAUCUUUCCAAGUAUACCAAAUGGAUUGCUGGCAUUAUUGGUGAUAAAUAG